CACCAACCACACACCUCCCCUACCCCCACCACGGCUCCGAUGAAUGAAGUAGAGGACGACCUGUCCUGUGAGGGGGGGUUCCAGAGCGCUUGCUCUGCGGCCUGCGCUGUGGGGAUGAAGGAGGAUUGCGGGGUCAAUGGGCCGUGCUCCCAGCCCCUCCCCGAGGACACGCAGGGCUACGACGUGGACUUCGAGCCGGCCCUGGAGAGCAAGUACGAGUGUCCGAUCUGCCUGAUGGCGCUGCGGGAGGCCGUGCAGACACCCUGCGGGCACAGGUUCUGUCGCGGCUGCAUCGUCAAGUCCAUCAGAGACGCCGGGCAGAAGUGUCCCGUGGACAAUGAGAUGUUGCUUGAAACGCAGCUUUUCCCGGAUAAUUUUGCCAAGAGGGAAAUUCUCUCCCUGAUGGUCAAGUGCCCCAACAAGGGCUGUUACCAGAGGAUGGAGCUACGUCACUUGGAGGAUCACAAGAGCGGGCAGUGCGACUAUGCGUUUGUGGAGUGCCUGCUGUGCGAUGCUGCGUUGUUGAAGAAGGACCUGAAGGAACACACGGACUCCAAGUGCCCCAAGCGGCCAGUCUCCUGUGCCAACUGUGCCAUGCUCAUGCCGUACCAGGACAUCCAGGGCCAUAACCUGAACUGUCCACUCGCCAACGUAACCUGUGAAUACUGUAACAUGGAGCUGAUCCGCGAACAGAUGCCGAACCACUAUGACCUGGACUGUCCCAAGGCGCCCAUGCCCUGCACCUUCAGCAUGUUUGGCUGCCCAGAGAAGAUGCAGAGACACGCAUUAGCCAUGCACCUCCAGGACUUCACACAGGCCCACAUGAGGUUGAUGGCACAGACCCUGAGAAGCAUGAGCUCCCAAGCCUCCUGCACCGAGAUUGUGGACCUGGACGGUUCCUUCCUGCCCUUGCUGCCAGGCUCCCUGUUACCUUCCCAGCUCCCGCCCUGCGACUGCCCCCCGGCCGUGCAGCACCUGAAGGAGACCCUCCAGCACCUGGAGGGACGCCUGGUGCGUCAGGACCACCAGAUCCGGGAGCUGACGGCCAAGAUGGAGACCCAGUGCGGGCAGGUGGGAGACCUCAAGCGCCGCAACCGAGCCCUGGAGGAGAGGGUGUCGGAGCUUGAGGCUCAGCAGUGCAACGGCAUCUUCAUCUGGAAGGUGGAGAACUUCAGCCACCACCUGAGGGCGCAGGGGGAGGACCAGCCUGUGGUGCUGCACAGUCGAGGCUUCUACACGGGGAAACCCGGCUACAAACUGUGCCUACGAAUGCACCUGCAGACGCCCAGCGCCCAACGCUGUUCAAACUACAUUUCCCUCUUCGUGCACACCAUGCAGGGCGAGUACGACACCUACCUGCCCUGGCCCUUCCAGGGCACCAUCCGCUUGUCCAUCAUCGACCAGUCCGAGGGCUCCGUCAAGCACAACCACGAGGAGAUCAUGGAGAGCAAGCCCGAGCUGGCGGCCUUCCAGAGGCCCACGGUGCCUCGCAACCCCAAAGGCUUUGGGUACGUGACCUUCAUGCCCCUGCACAUGCUGAGGCAGCACUCAUACGUGAGGGACGAUGCCCUCCUGGUGCGCUGCGAGGUCAUGGCCAGGCUGGACAUGAACUGGAGAAGGAAGGAGGACUUCCAGCCACGCUCGGCAGACAGUGGGCUGUGAGUGGGAGAGGUGGAGGGGGGUGGGUGAACCUUUCAUGGUGUGACUUCGCUUGUGCUGUGGGUCGGGGUAGGUGAAGGACUUGGGCAAAGGGGAAGUGUAGGCCAGCUGGCUGAGAAGGUCCUUGUAACCACUGCACUAGAUAAUCAUGUUCUCACAUUCAUUCCAAUGUUGCACAAUUAUUAUUGAGGAGCCUAUAAGCAAACCAACCGACCGACCGACCAACCAACCAACCAACCGCGGGACACAGAAUGAAGUCAACCCUGGGGUCACGGCUGCCCCAGGUACAAUCAUACAAAUUUCAGGAGGCGCGGAUGGGAAAAGAGGCCAUUGGGCCAGGACUGGAGACGUCUUCUCAGUUACCAAGGUAUUUCUUCAAUCCCAAGCUGGGCCUUGUCCCAUUUGCCGCAUCUGUCUACAGACUCACACCUGUUGGCGGGCUGCCAAAGCUUGAUUUGCGUCUUAACUGCCACCUGCAGCGUGUGUGGAUCGGGAGCCGACAAAGUUGAUUAAAACGUCACGAUGGGGAGGGGGUGGUGGGGAGGGGAGGGGAGAGGGGGCCGUGCGAUUAAGAUGGAGCUGUUGUCAAGGUGUUUGUGACGUUUGACCUAAAUGAUCGAUAUGAUAGUCAUCUUUCAGCA